CGUUGAGUUUGUUUCUGUUCGGAGAUCAUGAAGGACACCAAGUCUAAGAAGAAGAAGAGGCGCUCACGCGCCGCUGUCAAACCAACAACUAACGGUUUGCCACGUGGCGGACCGGAAGAUGAAAGUAAGAACAAAAAUGUUAGCUCGUUGACGGAGGCAUUUGAAGAUGUCUCUCUUAAAGAAGCUGACGUUGAUGCGAACAAAACGGCGGAGAUUUUGACGAUGUUGUCGGAGAAUAGUGAAGAUCCGUCGACUACGAGUUCGGUUUUUGGCGGAUCUUGGGGUUUGGAUUCAGGUUCGAGCUCGGGUUCGAGCGUGGGGUAUGUUGAGACGAGCUGUGUGCAGAACACGGUGAAGAAGGGGACGAGUAGGCAGAAGAGAGUGGUGGCGGUUACCGGAACGGUGGCGAAUGUGUUGGGGAAGGAGUACGCGAGGGCGAGUCCUAGAAAAACAGGGAAAUUCAAGGAAGUUGUUGAUGAUCGGAAUUGGCUUGAUGAACAAGAGGUGGAGCAGUUUUUGUGCUCGAUGCUUGGUAAAGAUAGCGAGUUGAGUAUGGCUGUGGUCAAAGAUGUGCUAGGUCAGUGCGGCUAUAAUGUUGAAAAGGUAUUAUUGUCAUUCUCACUUAAUCCUGUCUCAAUUUCUUUUCCAUCUGAUGAAAUUUUCAUUUUUUAAGUUUAUGUAAGAUUA